CCUCCCUCACAGUGGUGCCUUCAUCACAGCCACAACACUUGGACGGUGUGCUGCGUUGCCAGGCUAUGACCUACACACACACACACACACACACACACACACACAUCUUCGUUGCCUCCCUCUCGCGCCCCACCCCCGCAGCUCUCACUCUGCUCCCACUUGCUCUCUAAAACUGAAAGGGAGUUGGGGGUACACGGGGAGAAAUAGCCCCCGUCGCUCUCCCUCCCUCUUUCUCUCUCCACCACUCCGCUCACUCGAUGCUUUCCGUCCACGCCAGUCUUUGGUAGAGGAGGGGAGCGACGCCCCGCGACUUUCCAUUCCUCCUCCCUCCAUUGAGAACUGUGUUUCGCGAACCACUCCAGGGGACGCCACACCUUCAGCGGCCUCAGGUGGACUUUUGGUCUGUCCUCCUUUGUUACAGGAAGUAAGAGGUGCAGGAGGCUGGCGGCGAGAUGACGGGGCUGAGACAGAGGCUUCUGACGGAGGCGUGGGGGGGCACCUGGCACCGCAUGUGGCGCACGAAGAAAGUGGCAUCAGGCGUCAUGGAGACACCUCUAAGCCGCUGCCUCUCCACCCUGGAUAUCACCCUGCUUGGUAUCGGACACAUGGUUGGGGCGGGGAUUUACGUGCUGACGGGAACUGUGGCAAAGGAUACAGCUGGUCCUGGCAUCGUAUUGUCCUUCCUACUCGCCGGGCUCGCUUCCUUCCUCUCGGCGCUGUGCUAUGCUGAGUUCGGCGCACGGGUUCCGAAGGCCGGGUCAGCGUAUGUGUACACCUAUGUAACCGUGGGGGAGUUCUGGGCCUUCGUGAUUGGCUGGAAUAUCAUCUUGGAGCAUAUGAUUGGCGCGGCGUCGGUGGCACGAGCUUGGUCAGGCUAUGUGGACUCCUUCUUCGACAAAGCGCUCAGUAACUUCACGAUGUCAACCAUUGGACAGAUGCACGCGGGGUAUUUGGCAUCCUACCCUGACUUCCUUGCCUUCUUCGUUACUCUGAUAUACUGCAGCUUCCUCACUCUGGGCGUCAAGGGCUCGGCGUACUUCAACUCUAUCUUCACACUCAUUAACCUCUGCGUCAUGAGUUUUGUGGUCAUAGUGGGCAUGUACUUCGCUGACUUCACUAACUGGACCAGUGGCGAUGGAUUCUUGCCAUUCGGGUUCUCUGGGAUCAUCUCCGGGGCAGCUACUUGCUUUUACGCCUUCGUUGGUUUCGACAGCAUUGCCACAGCGGGAGAGGAAGCCAAGGAACCCGCCAAAUCCAUCCCAAGGGCCACACUAGUGUCCAUGAGUGUGGUGACUGCUGGCUACGUGCUGGUGGGAGCCACACUCACCCUCAUGGUGCCAUAUUACAGCCUCAAUCCCGCUGCCGCCAUACCUGACGCCUUUGCAGCUCAUGGCGCCACGUGGGCUAAGUAUGUGGUGAGCAUCGGGGCACUGUGCGGGAUGACCACCACACUUUUCGGCUCUCUGUUCAGUCUGCCGCGGUGCGUGUAUGCCAUGGCGGUGGACGGCCUUGUCUUCUCCUGGCUCGCCCGCGUCUCUGAUAAAACCAAGGUGCCCAUCAUCACGCUGCUGUUGUGCGGGUUCUUCUCGGCGCUGAUUGCUCUUCUCUUCGACAUCGAGAAGCUGGUGGAGUUUAUGAGCAUCGGUACUUUGAUGGCCUACACAAUCGUCAGCGCCUCGGUCAUUAUACUGCGUUAUCAGCCGGCCUCUAGGUGUAACAUCAAGAGUCCCUCGCACACCCAGAUCGCCACACCAACGCCCGUGGGUCCACCAUCGCCCACUACACCCAUGGAGGAUACUAUGAAGUAUUCCUCAGAUACGUGCUCUCUUCUGGGUUCGUGCUCUUCCCUCGUCCUGAAUGACCCGCCCGGCGAAGGUGGAGAGCUGCGGUCAAGUUUCCGGUGGCUCCUUCCAGUAAUAGGACAGCGGGAGGCAGGCGUGGUGGUGGCGUGGACUGUGGUGGUAUUCACGAUGAUAAGCGCCGCCCUCUGUUCCCUCCUUCAGUUUGGCAGUGACUUCCUGGCUCUGCCCUACCCUGCUGUGUGGGCGGUCUUCCUUGCUAUUGUUCUUAUCAUCGCCCUUAUAUUCAGUGUGGUGGUAAUAACAGCUCACCACCAAAACGAAUUGAUUCUCUCGUUCAGAGUGCCGUUGGUGCCCCUGUUACCUCUCACCUCCAUUUUCUUCAACGUGGGCCUCAUGAUGCAUCUGAACCCCAUGACUUGGUUGCGCUUCAUCGUCUGGAUGGUGCUGGGAUUGGUCCUGUACUUUGCAUAUGGACAGCAUCACUCCCGGGAAGGAGAGCCUGUGAGCAGCUACUCCACUUUGCUGAGCGAACCCGCCCCAGCUGGCAACACUGUGUUCGGAUCGGUGCAACAUACGCUGUCUCAUGUAACGGCAAAAAUUGCCUCGGCCGCUUCAGAAGACAAGAAACCCAUUGUGGAACAGGAUGAGGCAGGCAACGACGAUCUGUGAGAUGUGCCGCCUUGUCCCUCCAUGACAGUCAGCUGAUGGCGAUGGUUUGAUGGAUCAUGGAUGGAUGCGCUUUGGAGGGUGGGUUCGUAUAGCGUGGUUCGUAGCAAAAGUUCUUAUCUUCGGUCUCCUUUUUUCUCCGAGAAUGAUGGCUCAUGUCGGGAAUUUAGGAUGUAUAGGGUGUAGAGUAUGAACUAAGAAGAUGAAGGAAUGCUGCAAAUGAUGAUUAUCGAUAGGUGAAAACAUGGCAAAGGAAUUACCCUUGUUGGAAUAGGCCGUGCUGUGCCCAUCAGCAGAAAAGAAAAGGUAAGAUGACAGUGUAACCCGUCAGAACAAUCAUUCGGCGUGUUUGUUACAUAUGCGUUACUCAUAUACCAAAGGGGAGAUAUAACUACCGUAUGUCGAAGUUUUAUACGUCUUUGUGGAAGAAUGGUCAGAUUUCCAGAGGUGUAUACAAUAGCCGUGGGUGGGCCUUUCAACUGUAAAGAAUAUUUAAAAGCUCAUACUGUAACCACCGUUCCUUCAUAAUGUGGUCUAUGACGCCCUCUAAAUAAAGUUAACAUUGCAUUUUAAUGUGUUCAAACUUAAAUGGUCUUAUUAAAAGGGUAGGUAUGAGAAAGGUGAGGAUAUUGGUGCUACUGCCUAAGAUAAGUACGGGAUUUCCGAAAUACAUCAGUUUAACAUGAUGGAGUGGUUACAUUGAAAUAUUGGGAAUGAGGGUAUUUUGGUAACAAAGUAUAAAAAAGUGAGGUUCUUCUGUAGUUACAAACUAUUUGUCUCAUAGAUGUCAGUCACUAUUUUCAUCUGAAAAUGUACGAGUACCUACUGUAUUUUAUAUGCUUAAGUUCCUUAAAUAUAUCUAUACGUAUAAUAAGACAUACCAGCAUCAUGGUGUUGGCUGGCAGGGGUGUCUUAACAUUGCUGGUAAAUAUGAUGUCACUUUUUAAGAAAAACUAUUUUACAAAGGCUAUUCAGAAUAUCAAGGACAUGACUGCUAUUGUAUCUUAUAUUCAAGCCCUCCUCAAAUCAUUAUGUGUAGCUUUGUACUAUGUUGAUUUCUUUUGCCCGAGAAGGUGCAGUACUAUGUAAGUGCUAAUCAAAAUUCACACUGAACGGUGUUGGUGUUAGUGUUAGGUAUUGGGCAUGGUGUGGUAUGGUGGUCUCGAGUCUUAAACAGCAAGAAUUAUUAAACCACUACUUGAUUUUUGACAAUUGUCUUUGUGUUAUUGAACAGUUUGGCUGAGGGAUUUUUUUUAAGUAAGUUUGGAUAUGCAUUUGAAAUAAGUGCUGUAUGUUCCUUUAACAGUGAGGCUAAUGAGGUACAUAAAAAAUGGUCACUUUAAGAUCUUGAUUUUGGUUUAUGUGCUUCUGAUACAGAUUUUGAGACAUGCACUUCAGGAAGAGCCAAAUUAUACUGUUAUUCACUUACAUCAGAUGAAGUAAUGUAAGUGUGACUGAAAACCACGUUUAUAUCUUAGAGAACAAAUUAAUUCUUUUGUGAGAAAGUUAAUCUGUGUUUUUAAAAAGUAAGAAUUAUUCAAAAGAAAAUUAAGAGAAGGCAUUUGUUUUUGGGAUUUAUGGCUUCCUGAUGUAUAACUUUUUUUAUUAUAACUUCCUGCGUAACCUAUAUGUUUCUCUAACAAUAUAUAAUCAUGUGUACAUAUAUCCCAAUGAUGACAGAUCCACUGCAAAGCAUUGGAUGACAGUGGAUGGCAGCAUGUAAGUGUUUGUACCUAACUGAUAUAAAAUUGUGUAUGUCUGCACCAGCAAGGGUUACUUCCAGUAAUGGUUGUCCCAUGGAUUAUAUAUAUAUAUAUAU